CAAUUCUCCUCUAAAAUGUUCAAGUUUGCGGCUCUCGUGUCCUUCGUGGCGCUCGCGUCUUCUGUCGCCAAGGCACAAUCUCCAGUCUGGGGCCAGUGCGGCGGCAUUGGCUGGACCGGUUCUACUGCAUGUGCUUCCGGAUCCACUUGCACGUACAGCAACGACUACUACUCUCAGUGCAUCCCGUCGUCCAAUGCACCUGGCUCCAGCUCUGCCUCUGCUACCCCAACCACGGCCCCUUCGAGCAGCUCUGCGACGGGCACCGCGACAUCCAGUUCUGCCUCCAGCUCUGCAACUCCUGUUGCUGGCAAUCCUUUCACCGGCUAUAGCGUCUACCUUUCUCCGUACUAUACCGCGGAAGUCCAAGCGGCGGCUGCCAACAUCAGCGACUCCACCCUAAAAGCCAAGGCUCUGAGCGUUGCCAAUAUCCCGAAUUUCACCUGGUUUGACCAGGUCGCGAAGGUCCCUACGCUUGGGACUUACUUGGCUGACGCCAACUCCAUUGCUGCGAGCACCGGAAACAAGCAACUCGUACAGAUCGUCAUAUACGACUUGCCCGAUCGUGACUGUGCUGCCAAGGCUUCCAACGGAGAAUUCACAAUCUCCGACAACGGUUUGGCUAAUUACGAAAACUACAUUGACCAAAUUGUUGCCCAAAUCAAACAAUACCCUGAUGUCCGUGUUGUCGCUGUCGUCGAGCCUGACUCUAUCGCCAACCUGGUGACCAACCUGAGCGUGCAGAAGUGUGCCGAGGCUCAGGCGACCUAUAUGACGGCUGUUGAGUAUGCCAUCGAGCAGCUGGCGACCGUAGGGGUGUAUAUGUACCUCGAUGCUGGUCAUGCUGGGUGGCUCGGUUGGCCCGCCAACCUCACUCCCGCUGCUCAGCUCUUUGCUCAAAUCUAUACGGCGACCGGGAGUUCCCCAUUCUUCCGCGGCCUUGCGACUAACGUUGCAAACUACAAUGCUCUCAGUGCCGCAUCUCCUGACCCUAUCACACAGGGCAACCCGAACUAUGAUGAGCUUCACUAUAUAAAUGCUCUUGCACCUGUUCUUCGCAGUCAAGGCUUCCCAGCCCAGUUCAUUGUCGACCAAGGUCGCUCUGGUGUGCAGAACAUUCGCCAGCAGUGGGGUGACUGGUGCAACAUCAAAGGUGCCGGCAUUGGCACACGCCCGACGACCAAUACAGGCUCUUCAUACAUAGACUCCAUCGUCUGGGUCAAGCCAGGAGGCGAGAGUGACGGUACCAGUAAUAGCUCCUCGCCUCGCUAUGAUAGCACUUGCUCUUUGUCUGAUGCAACUGUACCUGCGCCAGAAGCUGGAACGUGGUUCCAGUCGUAUUUCCAAACCUUGGUGUCUGCUGCCAACCCUUCGCUGUAAAACAACAUGAGGAGAGUCCGUGAUGGAACUCAUGAGUUCUUGGAGGUCACGCAUUGGGAGUUUGUUAUAUGUAACAGAUAAAUACAUAGACUCUUUUGCCUGAUACGGGCAGGCAUAUCACGAAGGUCGAGUUCGACGAUCAUAUGCUUUGAUAGUAGCUGCGUCAUAUAGAUUGACGGUGAUGUGUAUUGUUGAAUGAUCUUUAGAUCUACCAUGAAGUUAAUUUGGACAAUCU